GCUGAAUCUCAGGACAUGGGACCUUUAAAAAAAAAAAAAAAAAAAAAAAAAAAAACUACACUUCCCAGAAUGCACUGGUAGCAGCAAGGAGGGACCUGACACCUGGUGCUUGACAGCUUGACACCUGAUCAGUGAUCACUGAUAUAGAGCACCUGGGAAGGACUGGGGGAAGCUCAGCCAGUCUGGCAAACACACUUCAGAAGAGAGACACGAGGAAAGAACAAAGAAGAGCCAAGUCCACUCAUGGAUUCAGUCCAAAGACGCCAAUGGUUUACAACCUAUUGAAAUACUCUGACCAACCAACUAGAAGGAAAAUAAAGUUUUGUGUUGGAAGUUUAAAACUGAGUUGUCCUCGCGUCCUUUGGAGGGAAAGAGAGGUGGACUUAACAGUUGUAAACCACGCGGAGCAGCCUGGCCCUGAGGAUAAACGGCUUCAGAACCAGAAAUAAGCUGUUGACGCAGAGGAAGUCAAGAUGGCGGAAGAUGUCCUGGGGAAGUCGGUCAAGGAGCUCAAAAAAGAGAGGACCACUGCAAAAAGCAGCUUCACCAGACAAGCCAACUUCAUUUCAAGAGGAGCAAGCAGCAUGCUUCAAGUGGAAUUAAAGGAGGAAUUCACUAAACUUUCAGACUGUUUCAGAAAGAUGCUCAAUGCCAAUGAUGAUUACCGGAUUGGACUGGAGGCUGACAUUAAGACUGAGAAUGAGGAAGCAGAUCUUGAUGAACAGCAAGAGGCCGAUAUUGACAGAUCUGUAAAAGAAGGUGAAACAAAGUUAGCAGAAAUAAGAGACAUUGUUCAAACAAACCUGUGGUCAAGGUACGGGAAGAGUGAACUUGAUGUGGCAAUCCUGGAAGCAGAAAAAGCCGCUGAUAGAGCGGCUGGUGUAACUGUGGAAAGCAGCAAUUUGGAGGGCUAUGGAGUGCACCUCAUUCUCUUGGACAAAAGAGUGAAGGAGGCCAUCUCAGCAAUGUCAACAUGGGAGAGAUGGAUCCCUGCGGAAUUAAAGGAUGAACUGGAUGGAAGAGUCAAGGAUGUGAGAGCAUCCUAUUACAGCCUUGAAUUAAGGAAAGCUGACUUUGCCACUGCUCGGAUGAGGGAUGAAAAACUCACAGGAGUGAAACUACCACCCCAACUGGCAACGCCCACACCAAUGGUGAGAAUCCAGCCAAUCACUCUACCUAUCUUCAAUGGAAACAAGAGAGAAUAUCACAGAUGGAGGAAAGACUGGGAAAGCCUGCAAAAGCAGGGAGAGCCAUCUGGUUCAAUUGAAGUUAAGAAAAUUCAACUCUUGGAGAGUGUGGAUGACAAAAUCUCAAAAGAUCUCAGACUUUCCACCUAUACCACUGCCAAUGACAUGUUCAGAGUUCUGGAGAACAGAUAUGGCAACAAGUUAACCAUCACUGUGGAAAUCCUUGAAGAGCUGGAGAAGAUGCCACAUGUGAAGGGGAACCAGCCAAGAAAGGUCAUUGACCUCAUACAGUCAGUGGAGAAGGCCCUAGCAGAUCUCACAGAAUUAGGAAACUCUGGAGCCAUAAAGAACCCACUGGUAGUUAAAUCCAUUGAAAGUAAGUUGCCUGACUUUAUUAAGAGAGACUGGCUGAUGUUCAUGGUCGAACCGAGAAACAACGUCACAUCAGACAACCACUUUGACAUGCUCUUGAAGUUCCUGAAAAGUCAAGAAGAAAUACUAGAGAGACUCGAACAGCUCAGGACUGUGGAGAAAACGGAGAAGACAGAUCGUUUUGACAAGAAGUACGAGAGAAAGAUUGCCUCAACAAAAACCACAAAGAAGGAAAAACUUGAUGAGGUAUGUGGUGUUUGCGGUGAUGGUGGGCACAACAACAAAAUCUUCUUCUGUAGAAAGUUCAAAAGACUUAAGCUACCUGAAAAGAAAGCUGUAUUGAGAAAGCUGGGAGCAUGCAGGAAAUGUCUUGGAUGCCAUGAUGAAGAUGGAUACUGCAGAGACACUUUCCUAUGCAGAAACAAAGACUGUAAAAGGGGAGGCGAUGCCCCAGACCACCAUUUCUUCCUCUGCCCAAAAGGAGAAGUCAAAAGAGGUGAAGAGGAAAGGAGUGGAAAAUACAGCAAAGGUGAAAGCACACUGACGGAGGAACAAAAGCAGAUCUUGUCUGAACUUACCCCAGAAAUGGCAGAUCGAUGCAGGAAAGCUUUUACCAACACCAACAAGACCACGGGGACAUUCGAUGCUUCAGGCCAGUCUGACCUACUGCAGAGAAAUGGGCUCGCUGAACUUCCUGUCAUUAUGAUGUUGAUGCAAGUCACUGCAAAUGCAGGGCAGAAAAUUGGGACUUUAAUUGACCUUGCUUCAGAUACAAACUACAUCACCCAUAAGGCUGCUGAAAGACUGAGGUUAAGAAAUGAGAAGAUAACCUUAGUUGUGCAUGGAGUUGGUGGAAUGACCAUGAAGGUGAACACACAAAGGUAUCUCCUCAAAGUCAGAGUCAAGACUCCUAAAGGAACAGAGAGAGCUCAUGAAAUGGUCUGCUACGGCUUGGAUGAAAUCGCCAGAGUGCAUCAAGUAAUUGAACCUGAGCAAUUGAAAAAAUUCUUCCCAGAAGUCAAACUUGAAGAAUUGGAAAGGCCAGAAGAGGUUGAACUUCUCAUUAGCCACCGAGAGGGAAGGCUCGCUCCCCAGAGAGUGAAAGUCAUUGGAGACCUCGUCUUGUGGGAGGGUCCAUUGGGGAAAACAGUGGGUGGAGCGCAUCCCGACUUGUUUGAAGAAGUGGAGGUGGCAGCAUAUGAGUCCAAGACACACUUUGCUCGCUCCAUGAGGACAGCAGCUGUCAAAUAUCAAGAACUCAGAAUUCAUUCGACUGACAUAGCCCAGCUACAGCAGGAGGACAUGGCUCAGACCAAAUUCACAGCUUCCAGUAACCGUAACUUCCUUGAGUGGUGGCACUGGGACAGCAUCGGCGCUGCUUGUGAGCCAAGAUGUGGAGGAUGCCGAUGUGGAAACUGUCCACCAGGAGGAAAAGAAAUGACCCUGGCAGAGGAGAUGGAGCUUGAUGUCAUUAAAAGAGGCCUCACCUACAGAAAAGGAGAUGCUCACACACCAUCUCCACACUGGGAUGCAAAGUAUCCUUGGACAGUAGAUCCAGCCUCUCUUCCAAAUAACAAAGGUGCAGUCCAAGCUUGUUUCUUAAGGAUGGAAAAGCAACUGAGCAGGGAGCCAGACUGGAAAGUUGCAUAUGCUACACAGAUCCAUGAAAUGGUGGAACGAGGUGCGGCCAUACAACUCACCAACGAAGUCAUGGACCAGUGGAACGGACCAGUGUGGUAUGUAAGCCACCUGGUGGCACCAAACCCUCAUUCAGUGACAACACCAGUUCGUAUUGUAUGGAAUAGUAGCCAGAAGUACAAAGGCGUGAGCAUGAAUGAUCUUCUUCUGAAGGGACCAGACGUCCUCAACCCUAUCAGAGCUGUUUUGCUGAGGUUCAGAGAAGGAAUGCAUGCAGCUCUAGGAGACAUCAAAAAGAUGUACAACUCUGUAUGGCUGGAGGAUCGCGAGAUGCAUCUUCACAGGUUCCUCUGGAGGGCCAGCCCAGAUGAAGAGAUAAGUGAAUAUGCAAUUACCAGAGUCAAUAUAGGAGACAGACCGGCUGGUUGCAUUGCUCAGGUGGCCAUGAGGGAAACAGCCAGCCUGCCCAACUUUGUUCACUUGGAGGUUGAACGCAGAGUCAUUGAAGAGGACAGUUAUGUGGAUGACCUUUUAACCUCCCACAAUGACUUAAACAAACUCAACAAAAUCACAGCAAAUGUUGAAGAGAUCUUGAAGGCUGGUGGUUUCUUCCUCAAACCAUGGGUCCGGUCAGGGCAGAGUGGGAGGCAAGGGAUAGAGACAGAGGCUCUAACAAAGAAACAAGAUAGAACCUUUAUUCUUCCAAAUCAAAUGAGGGAUGAAGACAACAAAGCUUUGGGCAUUGGCUACCAAAUUGAUGAAGACAAGCUCUACAUGUUAACCUCAGUUAACUUUUCCAAAAGAAAGAAGAAGAUGAGGAUUGGAAAAAAUCUUCUCAAAGAGGAGGUGAGAACUGAGACACCUAAUCCACUGACUAGGAGGGCUCUCUUAAGUCAAGUGGCUGGACUGUAUGACCCAAUUGGCUUAGUUACACCUGCCAAACAGAAGGGAGCAAUUCUUGUUAGAAAGGCAUUCCAAGAGGGAAGGGGUGGCAAGCUAACCCAAGAAACCUGGGACCAACCUCUUUCAAACAGUCUCAGAGAAGAAGCCAUACAGCUUUUUGAAGAAUAUGUGCAGCUUGGACAGGUAAAAUUCCACAGAAGCCUCACGCCAGCUGACUGGAAAGGAAAACCUUGGGGCAUCACAUUCUCAGAUGGAAGUGAAAAAACCUAUGGAGCGGUUAUGUACAUAAGAUGGGAGACAAGUCAAGGCACUGAAGUUCGAUUGGUGGAAUCAAAGGCCAAGCUGACACCUCUGGAUCAGAAGGGAGAAGCUGUAAAAGCUGAAAUCUGUGGUGCUGUCUUCGCUGCCAGGAUCAGGAAGUAUGUGGAAAAACAUGCUCGAAUGAAGAUCGAGAGAUGGUUCCAUCUACUUGACAGUCAAACAGUCUUAGGAGCCAUUCAAAGAGACAGUUAUGGGUACAAAACCUUCUUUGCAAAUAGAGUGGGUGAAAUCCAGAAGGCUGGACCAGUGCAAGACUGGUGGUGGGUCCGUGGAGAGAUGAACAUAGCUGAUCUCAUAACAAGAGGAGGCACUCCUGAAGAUUUGAAGGAGGAUUCCAUAUGGCAAAAUGGACCAGAGUUCCUGAAGUGGCCUGUGGAGGAGUGGCCUAUAAAAUCAGCUGGUGAGGUCGCAGCUCAUGCCAGGGAAAGUGUAAACAAGCUUCAGAGGAAGGCUUUCUCAAGUGCGUUAACAAGAGCUCAAGCAAGGAGUCGUCAGCAGAAGGAGGACCUACAAACCACUCAAAGUCAAAAAAGUGAAGCCCAAGAGGAAAAACCUGUGGUAAAACCAACUCUUCUUCUAAGAAGGAAGCCCACUGGCUGGGUUAAAGAUACUGUGGAAGUAAGAAGAUUCAGCAGCCUGUCCAAACUGGUGAGAGUCGUCGCCUGGGUUUGCCUAGCUGCCAAGCAGUGGCUGAAGAGGAAGUGUCGGGCCCCAAAACAGUCAAAGUGGGAGGAAACAUCACCCAAGCAAGCUGUGCUGACUGUCAGCGAACUUGAAGAUGCACUCAAUGACAUCUUCCUUGCAGCUCAAGAAGGUGCAGUUUUUCCUGACACAACGCUAAGCAGAUUAGCGGUAUACAAGGAUGUAAACUCUGGACUGCUAGUUUGUGGAGGCAGAAUUCAAAUGUUCAAUGAAGAUAAGACGGCAGUACCAGUUUUACCCUUUGAAGCAUGGGUGUCUACAUUGCUGGCACAAGAAUCCCACAAAGCAAACCACGAGGGAGUGGCAGGAACUCUUCUCCGGAUGAGGAAGAAAGCCUGGGUGAUAAAAGGCCGAAGACUUGCUAAGAAAACGGUUGACAGCUGUGUGGUCUGCAGAAAACAUAAGGCAAAACAGUGUCAACAAAUCAUGGCUGACCUGCCUCUGGAACGAACUGGCCCAGCUGCACCUUUUGAAUUCACCACCAUGGACCUGUUUGGCCCUUAUGAAGUUAAAGAUGAGGUCAAGAAGAGAACUAGACUCAGAGUAUGGGGAAUCGUCUUCUGCUGCAUGGCUUCCCGAGCCAUACACACUGAAGUGGUGAGUGACAUGUCAUCAGAAGGAUUCCUGCUAGCCUAUCAAAGAUUCACUUCACUGAGAGGACACCCAAGGAAACUCUGGUCAGACCCAGGCACUAACUUUGUAGGGGCCAAGCCUGCUCUGGAACAGCUUCACAAGUUCCUUGACCGACUAAACAAGUAUGAACUUGAAGACACAGCUGCCAAACAUGGAACAGAGUGGUCUUGGAAGAUCCACCCUGCAGACUCCCCGCAUAGGAAUGGUGCAGCAGAGGCAGCUGUUAAAGUAGUGAAGCGGGCAUUAAGCAACCUUGGUGGAGAUGGCGUUUUUUCAUGGGGAGAAUUCCAAACGUUCCUCUUCAUGGCAGCCAACCUUGCAAAUGAGAGACCCAUUGAUGCAAGAACUCAAAGCAGAGAAGACUGUAUAGAGUACAUCACACCAAAUUCUCUGCUUUUAGGACGUGCAAGUCCAAAGGGAGACCCUGGAGAUUUCCAGUUUGAAGGCUACCCCUACAAAAGACUUCAAAGUAUCCAAGCGGAAGUAAACAAAUUCUGGAGGAAGUGGAGCCAAUUGGCUGGCCCUAAUCUGUUCAUAAGGAACAAAUGGCACACCGAAAAUCGAAACGUUGCUGUUGGAGAUGUGGUCUGGUUGGCUGACCAAAACGCCUUGAGAGGACAGUACAAGCUGGCUAGAGUGGUCAGUGUUAAUGCUGACAGCAAAGGCAUUGUAAGAGAUGUGCUUGUGAAGACUUUUCCCAGCUAUCCUGUUCCCAUCACAAAGCCAAAUGACAAGAAAGGGCCCACAAAGGAAAAAAGUGCAAGAACCAAGAGGCUUCAGACGAAGAUCCCAGCCACAAUUCUUCAUAGAGAUGUCAGACGCCUUGUCAUUCUACUUCCCACUGAAGAACAAUGAGAGGUGUAAAGGACUUGUGACCUCGCUGAGUUUGGAAAAACCAGGAGGUCAAGUGGGAGGUGUUGAGCUGAAUCUCAGGACAUGGGACCUUUAAAAAAAAAAAAAAAAAAAAAAAAAAAAAAAAACUACACUUCCCAGAAUGCACUGGUAGCAGCAAGGAGGGACCUGACACCUGGUGCUUGACAGCUUGACACCUGAUCAGUGAUCACUGAUAUAGAGCACCUGGGAAGGACUGGGGGAAGCUCAGCCAGUCUGGCAAACACACUUCAGAAGAGAGACACGAGGAAAGAACAAAGAAGAGCCAAGUCCACUCAUGGAUUCAGUCCAAAGACGCCAAUGGUUGGUGAAAUGUUUAUUUGCUUUUUAUGUGCAAGUUUAUGUUAACUGCACUGUAUGAUUGGUUGAUUUAAAUGAUUAAGAGACUAAUAUGUAAACUUUUUGGUUCUGUGUUUGAUGCUAUGAAUGUUGUUUCUUUCUUUAAAGGUUUACAACCUAUUGAAAUACUCUGACCAACCAACUAGAAGGAAAAUAAAGUUUUGUGUUGGAAGUUUAAAA